GUCACGGGGCGGCAGCUUCGAUCGCACAUGGCAGACUGCAAACGGGUUGUGUUUCAGAUCACAAAGCCGCAAAACGGUUUACAAAUACAUUCAGAACACACUAUGCAGUCGUUCUGUAUACCUAAGUGUUGUGUGCAGCCUGUCCGUGAGGGUGAGAUGCCUUUGGAUAUAUGGCGUAAAAAAAAAGGGAUGUGUUUACCGUGCCAUGGUGGAUCUGGAAACGACUUGUCCCCCACACCAGAUCGAGAGACAAGGAGACGUCAGCUGGCAGAGACAGCCGAGCAGAGACAGAAAGAGAAAUUCUUCAGUCAAAGCCAAUUGUAUCCAACCCAUAAAGCAUGUCGGCCUACUAAAGCAUCGAGGAAGUCUGGCUGCUCUGCCCAAUGGCGAGCACUAUCCUCUCUCAGGAAGUCUGACAUCUGGCUGCUCUGCCCAAUGGUGAGCACUAUCCUCUCUCAGGAAGUCUGACAUCUGGCUGCUCUGCCCAAUGGUGAGCACUAUCCUCUCUCAGGAAGUCUGACAUCUGGCUGCUCUGCCCAAUGGCGAGCACUAUCCUCUCUCAGGAAGUCUGACAUCUGGCUGCUCUGUCCAAUGGUGAGCACUAACCUCUCUCAGGAAGUCUGACAUCUGGCUGCUCUGCCCAAUGGCGA